UCCGUCUUCGUCCGCUUCGACGAGGGGCGCCUGGACCUGUGCCGCUGCGCCCUGACGGGGCCCGCGGACACGCCCUACUUCGGGGGGCUCUUCGUCUUCGACGUCUACUUCCCGCAGGACUACCCGGCGGUGCCGCCGCUCGUGCACCUGACGACGACGGGCAGCGGCACCGUGCGCUUCAACCCGAACUUGUACGCGGACGGCAAGGUCUGCCUGAGUCUAUUGGGCACGUGGCACGCGGCGGACGCGUCGCAGAAGUGGAACGCGGACACGUCGACGCUGACGCAGGUGCUGCUGUCCAUCGCGGGCCAGAUCCUCGUCAAGGAGCCCUACUUCAACGAGCCGGCCUACGAGCGCGUCCGCGGCACGCCCGAGGGCGACGCGACGUCCGAGCGGGUCAACGGGGACCUGCGCAACAAGACGCGGACCUGCGCGGUCGUCGACCACCUCAAGCGGCCGCCCCGC